GCCAAAUUUAAGCAUGCGCAUUGUCGAGUUUGGCAUUCUUGCAGUAACAAGACAACAAAGUGUACUCUUGGUUCGUUAGUGACAGGUAUUUCAGCAUGGCAUAACAGAAUUGUUCAUCAUCUGGGUUCUGUUUAACAAUUAAACAAUGGACCCCCUACCACCAAGAAAACCUAAAGAGAAUCGUCCAUUUUAUGCCCCACCUGAAGAUAAACCAAUUGCAGUUCAGAUCAUUAACGAAGCAAGAUCAUCUCUGAAAGAACUUAAAACCAAGAGGCCGUUUACACCUCGUGAAGAUAGGAGGACGUUGUUUGGUCCGCGAUCAGUCAGCAGUACAGAUAACAGACCACCAAGUGCUUUCAGCCUUGACUCCCGACAUUUUGAUCCCGACUCGAGACCUGUGUCUGGUACAAGACUCAGCCCACUAGAUCAUAAACCUUCUUUAUCAAGUCCUCAAGAACAUGUGGCCCGUCUGCCCAGUGAGAGUGAGCUGGAGAGUCUCCUACUGCCACCCAAGCCACCCUCGGACAGUGGGAAACCCGUGAAGAACGGUGCCCGGCCCAGACCCAGGCCUCCCAACAGCGGGGAUUCAACCACCAUCAGAACUAGAUUGUCACAAGAUGACCUACAGAGCAUGCCAGGGAUAUGCAGUGAAGGCAGUAGCUCAUCAGACUCCAUAACAGCCCUGCCUGUGGAGGAGAGGGGGCUGCCCGUGGAGGAGAGGGGGGAGGGGGAUGGCAAGGAAGCCCCGCCCUCUAGGACAGCUAGCGUUGCAGCUCACAUCCAGAUCCAGAGCCAGCAAGCAGAGCUUGAUGACAGACUGAGUGGAGGGGAGACCCAGAGAGGGGAGGUGGAGGGUAGAGCUGGUAGUGGGGGAACCAAGAGAACAUCCAGUGCAGGGAGCCGUACUGGAAGUGCUGGAAAGAGGGAAGAGGAUAAAGAGGAGCAGGAUUUCUACAUCAAUCACAUAGCUCCAUUACUGGACCUCAUGACCCAGUACAGUCUUAGUAAAGACUCUGACAAGUUGAUAUCCGUGUCCGAGGACCUGUACCAGCUGUUGUCCAAACACAAUCUGCUCACGAAGCACUACAGGCAGAGGUCCAAGAUACUCAAGGCCAUCUUUAAGAUGCUGGAUCUGGAGGAACCCAGACUCCUGCUACAACUUGCCAGGCUCAUAUUAGCUUUCAAUGUUGGGGGCAACAAUCUCCUAAAUGUAUGUAAACUUGUGUUCAAAGUCAGUCGGAAUGAGAAAAAUGAUCCAGCAUUCCUUGACGGCAAUAUUUUAGAUUUGUUACUGGAGACGGUGAGUGGUAUGGACAUUGCUGCCACACACGAGGCUCUCAUCUACUGCGUAGGCUCGCUGAAGUUCCUCACUGGAAACGCCACCAUAGCCAAGCAACUCGUCACCAAACAGUGUAUAGAGAACCUCUCCACGCUCCUCGAUAGUAUUAACAGACUGAGCAGUGAGGCCACCAGUAGCUCAGACCAGCUGGGAAACAUCCUUGUCCAGUUGACGGCCGCCCUGCGUAACCUUGCUGACGCCAGUUCCAGUCGCGACCGGAUCCUGAACUGUCGUCUGCUGGAGAGUCUCACCUGUGCCUGUGAUAGCUUUGCCUCUGAUGCAGAGAUUGUAUUGAAUGUCUCAAGAAUAUUUAGCAAGGUGACGUUGCACACAGACUGCUGCCUGGCCCUGGCUGCGCACAGCCUUUCUUUCAAAGUGUUCCUGCAGCUACUGAAGAAACACCUAAAACGACAGGACAUAGUAGUCAGAGUGUGUUUUAUUCUCGGCAACAUGACGGCCAAGAAUGACGAAGCAAGACUGAGUCUGUUUCACGAGCCCAAGUCACUGGACGUCAUCUUAGCAGUAUUCCGGUCCUAUCUAGAGGCAGAUUACAAGUCCAGCAAGAAGCCUGAUCGCAAGGUCGGUACGGUCAAGGACGAGUUGAGCAAGACAGAGGACGUUCUGGUCAAGGUGGUGCGCGUGAUCGCCAACAUCUCCAUCAGCGACACUGUCGGCGCCCAGGUGUCCACUAACAGUCUGUGUGUGGAGCUGCUCAUUAGAAUACUUGAUUACAAAGACAUAGAGAACAAUGAAGAGCUGGUGUUGAACACAGUGGCAUGUAUCAACAACCUCUCCUACUUCAAUGUGCCAGAUAGUGCUGUAGCCAAUAAACAAAUACCACUCAUUGAUAGUUUAAUGAAACUCAUCCUGGCUGAGAACUGGAUGAAGUCCAUUAUUGAUGUGUGUAGAGUGUUUGGCAAUUUGACGAGACAAAAAGUUGUUAGGGACUACCUCCACGAAAAGAAAGUGGAUGUUCUGCUGAUGACCCUGCUGGACUCUGGUGACAAGGAGCUGGUCUACAUCGCCUGCGGGGUGCUCAUCAACUUCAUGGUGGAUGAGGACAAACGUGGCCUGCUUAGGAAAGAGCGGGCAGUUACAAAGUUGGUAGAGGUGUUGCGUGACUUUGGUCGGGGUGACUGGGACUUGGCGGGCCUCGUCUGUCAGAUCCUGUGGAACUUCAGUGGCAAGAUCACCAGCACCAAUGCCUGCUUUGGGGAGACUGACGCCCAGGAGCUGUCUGAGAUCCUCAUUGAUUACUUGGACAAGGAGAGUGCAUUUGACCAGGACUUUGACCAGUUGGAUGCAGAAUACCAAGAGUCCAUUCUGGAUACGUGGGAGACGCAGUUCUGUUCCGUGGGAGAGCAGCUCCUGCAUCGCAUAGAGACCCACAACUCGGACUUUGAACCGCUAGAAGACACGCCGUGUACAUAGCUCAUGCACUGCCAUAGGGGCGUUCAACAUAAAUAUCAGUAUUGUUUCUAGUGGACGUUGUAGUAUUCACAUUGGAAUGUUUGAAGAUGAAUAUGUAUCAGUAUUGUUCUAUGCGGACAAUGUUGUCCUUGGGGAGAAAUCUUUGAUGAGUUUGUUUAAGUUAUUGCUUGGAUGUAAUAGUCGCUGAAAAUCCAAAUGGUGGACUUGUUAAGAGGCCUCUGGAAAAACGUAUCAUCACCCGAUAUUGAAGUCGAAAAGCUUAGAAAAGCUUACGGAACUUAAGUUGAACAGCUGAUAAGGUGAACAGUUGUGAAAAUCGGACCUUCAAGUGCAUCAGAAAUUUUGUCAUGUUGGCCAGUUAUGUUGCUCAGAACUCAGAUUCAGAAUAAAUCUCUGGAACCUUAUCAGUGAUGCUUCAUCUUGGGUGAAAAAAAUUAAACAGGUACUUGGCAUCACAGUGUACGUAAGGGCUGUUUCUAAGAAUGAUGGUUUUAUUAUAUUGACUGUAACCAAUGUGAAAGUAUUUAAAGUUGUUAUGUAAAGGUGACCAUCACUUUUGGUAGUACCCGUCUUAGUUUUGUUAGUGAAUUAUAUUGAGGGCUAAGCCCAAUUAUUGUAUCAUGUGCUUAUUGUUUUUAUUGCGUCACUACAUUCCGUCCUAUGUAGUCACUUUUGUUGUUAGCAUGUUAUGAUGAUUGUGUCAAAGCAUCCGUCCACAUUCCAAAUUUACAUUACCAGUAACCCAGUGAAAUGUAUUUAUAUUUUUCAUGCAGAAAAAUCUCUUCACAACACAUUUUGACUUUCAUGACCUAUUUUUUGCAGUGCAUUUAGUCCUGCUACUACAAUCUUGUUGUCUGUUUUGUCAUUAACUCACUUGAGCUUAAGUGAAGGAUAAUGUGAUGUCAAUUGUCAAUUCGUCUGUCAAUAAUUUCAUCAAACAACAUAUCCUGAACAUCUGAUGUCAAAAUUGGCCCCGCUCCAAUGGUGACUUUUUUCGGACUUAAACACUUUUUUCAAAUGUUUUCCCUGGGGGAAAACUGGCCUCGUACAAGGGAUCACUAGUUUUACAAGUCUUACAUAGAGAAUCAUUUAAAAUCUCUGUGAAAUUGCAAAGCCCAGGGCUAUUGUUUAUGGUAUUCAGCAGCAUCUAGAGAUCUUCUACAAUGUUUGUUUAAAUAUGUCAACUCUGUCCUCCCCAACAAGAAGGCCCAGUGCUUUGAUAUGUGGUAUGUAACAUCAGAUAAAAGUCCUUUAUAAAAGUUGUUGAACAUUAUGUUCUGUGGUAAAAAAUGGACAUUGUGUAGGUGUCACAUGUUUAAAUAUACUUUAGUAACAGAACACUCAACAGUUUUGUUGAGAACAUGCAUCAAAUGUCUAAUAAUUGGUCUGUAACUUUAAAAAGUGGUCCUCAACUAAAUUUGUUCCAAGUAUACCUUUGAGGUCAAUAUUGGCCUCGCCCAGGUUGUGUGUCAUGUUUUAUAUAUACAUAAUUAGCAAGAUUUGUUCAAGUAAUGCCCAUGUUAUCAUAAUUUGCCCCAAACCAGUGGCCUCAAGUAAGGCGAGCGUUCAAGGAUUCCUAGGUUCCUCUUGUGUAUAAAUGUCAGUUUAAAAUUACAAUCAGUCUACUUCUUUACACAACACCAUGAAGUAUUUGUCUCUAUAAACUUUGUAUUCCUACAGAGUUCUUUUCUCAAUUUGUUUACCUCAAAAUUUUUACAUUACAAUCUUAUAGUAACCAACUCGCAAAUAGUUUGGAAAAAUAUCCAAACUGUGCAAAAAAUAAAUGCCUGUUCCUCUUUUAAGCACAUGUGCGAGACAAUAUGUCAUUUAAAAAGAACUGUUUGCACCUAUUUAUUGUAUGGUAUAUUUUUGUAAUGUUUUGUUUUAGGUAAUUUUUGCUGAAAAUCAAUGAAAUUCCAAUGGUUGAAAACAAUGCAAAUGUUUACAUGUACAAAUUCCAUAAUUUUGACAAAUUCUAUCAUAUCAGGAUUUUCUUCCUUGUUCAAUAAACUGUCAACAAUUUCGGAAUUGUCAUGCUGUUUUGUAUGCCAGUUUAGAGAAACGCAAAACAUGAGUCACUCAUCAUUGUAACGGGUUGAUUGUAAAUUGUACCGUCCAAGAAGUUCUAUGUAACAUACUGCUUUCAAAAUCCAUGGUCUCAGACGUUGUAUUUUUGUUGUGUAUAUGGUGUUCAAAUAAAAGAGCAACUCCAUAUGUUUGUAGAAAAGUAUCAUUUAUUUAUAAUUUAUUUAUUGAUACAUUAUUAGAUGUACGGGAAUUGUUUUAUAUUCUUAUAUAUUUGUUGAUGGUGUUGCUGUUGCUGUAAAAGUGAAAAAUC